GAACCGCGUAGCCGAACGCACGCACGUGCGAGCGUCAGUUUGAAAUCGUAGCCGGGAGUUUUGGGGCGAAACGGUUGUUACGAAGAAAUCUUUAUCGUAAGUGUGCAGCGCAGUACAUAGUGGAACAGGUUAGUGUGUUGCGUGUGAACUAGUGCUGCCGAUAAGAAAGUUGUGAAUUGGUGAUGUGAAGUAGCAGUGUAUGGGUGUGUGUGCGUGAAGAAGCAAAAGAAAAUUCAUACAAUACGAAAAGAAAGCACAGAUCGUACCGGCACGCAAACUGUGCCAAGCGCUAAGCUAACAACAAUAACAAAAUAACGCAAAAAUCAAACAGGCCAAAGCGGCUUAUUAGCAGCAAGACCACAAAACCACGAACGAACGAACCGGACCCGAUUCCGGAACUGCGCAAGCUGUAGCCGGAACUAGCCGGACCAAACCCCCGCUCACUCCGUGCCAGCAGCGAAAGGAAUAAAAUCCAAUCAAUACGACACAUAUUAGCGUGUGGCUUUGUCCCAAGGAAUAGGAGGCCAACACAGCCGCACCGGGUAGUAGCAGCAGCCGCAGCAGGAAGUUACCUGACCCAAGACCGGAGCGAACGGGUCUGCUCGAUGUGCAGAGAAGGAUGAAGCUGAUCGAUCGACUGCUGGACAUAUGCUUCCAACGCCACGGGGCCCUCGUGCUUGUCGUGGCUGGACUGCUGUGUCUCCAGAUUACCACUAGUGAUAGCACACCAUUAGACGAUAGUAGCAAUAGUAAUAGUGGCAGUAUUAGUAGUAGUGAAACGCUAGAAUUAACCGCAUGUCAGCAUCUGAGGCGAGCGGAAGCGCGUCGCGCCAAGUCAUUAGGCGAUAGUCUGCUGCAAACGGUCCGGAUACCGCGCUGUACUGCGCUAGGCGACUUCGAACCGGUGCAAUGUUCCAACGAGCUUAACGGAACCGAGUGCUGGUGUGUGGAUGAAUAUGGCGUGGAGAUCACGGGCAGCAGGCGCAGUCACGCGGACGAUGUUAACUGCACUCGGGUGGAAAACCACUGCCAGGCGUCCAGCUGUCGCAUGUUCUGUCCGGCUGGAUUCGCCAAGGAUCUUGCGUCCGGCUGCCCCAUUUGCCGCUGCCGAGAUCCGUGCGAGGACAUUCAAUGCCCCCGAGGUCAGCAGUGUGAACCGCAGGAGGUCCAGUGCAAGACCGAACCGUGUCCACCGAUUCCGACGUGUCGAAAAGCACGCAGUCUGAAUGAUCUUUGCCCAGCGGGACAACCGCUAGCGAUCACGGGCACCAUUCGUCCCUUCCUGUGCGGUACGGAUCCGGGAAAACCCAGCUGUCCGCCGCUGUACCGCUGCUUGGUCCAGGGUGGUAACGAUUAUGGCGUAUGCUGUCCGGCUUCACUGCAGUUCGAAAAGCCCGGUAGCUGCCCGCGUGCAAACGAGAUCGAAUCGACGGAUAGUGCUGGGUUCCUAUGUGGAACGCCUUGCAGCCACGAUCUCGAAUGUCCACAGAUGCAAAAGUGCUGUCAGUCGAAUGGGUGUGGACGGAACUGCCAGCAGCCACACAAUGUCACCGUUUGCCAUCAGGCACGCAUGCUGUCGGAGUUGCUGUCGGUGAAUGAGCGUGAGGGUCGCGGUUAUGUGCCACAGUGCGAUGGUCCUGGUGGAAGCUUCUCAACGCGCCAAUGCUCCCGUAAUGGGCUGGUGUGCUGGUGUGUCGAUCCGAAAUCUGGCAACAAAGUGAAGGGAACGAUGGGAGCGGCUGCCACCGUCAACUGUGAAGGUGUGGAGAACAUGAUCGGAGGUCGCAGUGGAGGACGUAGCGUGGAUGGGGCGCAAACGCUCUGCGAUCACAACAUCUGUGCGGCGGUCUGUGAGUACGGGUUCAAGAAUGAUCACAACGGAUGUCCAACGUGCGAGUGUUCGGAACCGUGCGAGGGUUACCUUUGCCCAAGCGGAUCGCACUGCGAAGUGGCCAAGGAUCCGAAGUGUGAAGCGUACUCGGGACUUUGCUCGUCCGAGCCGGUCUGUAAGCCGGAUCUGGUGUAUUCAAACCCGUGCGAGAUUGGAACACCACUAGCAGACAACAUUACCGGUGAACUUCUGUUCUGUCAUAUGGAUCGUCCAAAGAGCCGCGAAUAUCAAAGUCGUACCUUCUUCGACGAUGACGAGCAAGACGAAGAGGAAAACGGUCGCAAACGAUCGCUCUCGAAUACGAUCAUGUGUCCGAUGGAGACGCACGAGUGUCGUAAGCUACACGGUGAAUCACGCAGUGUCUGCUGUCCUUUGGUGACCGAAGGUGAAGACGAAGAGGUGGCAGAAGAACGUCAACAAACGAUGUGCGAAUAUUUGCGUGACUUCUCCGAUCGCAUGGAGGGUACGGUGGAAGGGAUGGAACUGGCGCUACCCCCACCAUCCUGCACACCGGACGGAGGUUACCAGGCAAUGCAGUGCGUCACCCGCAAAACUAAAGUCAAAAUGUCGGAACAGCGGAAGUAUAUCGAACAGAACAGCAUUCGUCGGAUGAGAAAACUUCUGGAAGAUGCAUCGGCCGCAGGUCAUGCAUCCUCCCCAACAACGACCACUUCCACUUCAUCGACCAUCCCGGAAGUUAGUUCGGCUAAUCCGCCGGUACGUGUGCGUCGUGCUGCCAACCCGGGUCCUGACAGCACACUCAAACUGCUGCCCGUUAGUAGUGACGCGGAACAGAUGGUUGGUGGUGAUGGUGCCGCCGGAGCACUGUACAGCAUGCCCAGUUAUCUGGCCGUUCAGGCGCGCUCGGCAAAGAUUAUCGAUUUCAACCGUCUCGAAUCGAAGAACGGUAACGCAAACCUCGACAAACCGGACAUUAAACCAUCGACCUUGCUGAAACGUCCACUCGUAGUACCAACGCUUCCGACUCCUGUGCAGGAGCAGCUGGUAGAGGUUGAGGUUGAGGAGUGCUGGUGUGUCGAUGGCUUCGGUACGGAAAUUCCCAAGACCCGUGGAUUCAACGCAACCACCAAGAGCUGUGAAGCAAAGCGAGAAUCGCUCGGCUGUCUGGAUCUAACGUGUCGAAUGGGAUGUGAUUAUGGGUUUGUGUUGGACGCGGACACACAAUGUCCGUCCUGUGAGUGUCGCGAUCCGUGCGAUAGUAUCAACUGCCCGGAUGGGCAAGAAUGUCGCUCGGUUGAGGUUUCUUGCGAGGGAGAGUAUUGUCCACCAGUUCCAGCUUGUUUCCCGAAGAAGCCCGGGCAGUGCCCGUUCCUGGUGCCACCCGGCUCGGAGAACUCAGAAUCCGACUCGUGCGAGUACGAAUGCCGCACGGAUGCACACUGCGACGGAUCGAAACGGUGCUGCUCGAACGGUUGUGGAACGCAGUGUGUUGAGCCACAGCUAAAGACCGCUUGUCAGCAUCUGCAAACGAUCCAGCUUCAUCAAGCGUCCGAGCUGGGCAUUCCACCGAAGCAGAAGUACAUUGCACAGUGUGACAUCGAUGGAAGCUUCCGCACAAUUCAGUGCGGUCCGGGUAAUGUGUGCUGGUGUGUGGAUGAGUUUGGAAAUGAAAAGAGUGGAACCCGAACAAACAAUGGGCAACCGAACUGUGAGCUGUUCCCGAAAACGGAAUGUCCACUGCUGAAAUGCCGACCGUGUGAGUAUGGGUACAAGAUUGAUGCGAACGGUUGCAAGACCUGCGAAUGUCGCGAUCCGUGCGGAGAGAUCUCCUGUCCACGCGGGGAAGAGUGUCAGCUAAUCCAGGUGGAAUGCAUUUCGGUGCCAUGCCCAAAGAUGCCGAUUUGUGUUCCGAUUCGAGAGUCGGUCUGCCCUGAGGGACUUCCGUUGCGUUCCAGUGGUCGUGAGAUUGUGUGUGGACCGCAAACCGAUGCGGACACGUGUCCAUCUACGCACAUCUGCCAACUGAACCCGAUCAGCAACCGUGGAGCUUGUUGUGGAAAGACAAGGGAUGUUUGCUUCGAGUCAAUCGAUCAGAGCUGCUUGCAGGUCGCAGAAUCGGGAGCGGAAAGUAACGAGCUGGACAGUAUCACGCGAUGGCGCUUUAGUCCUCGGCUGAACAAAUGCGUCCCAGUAACACUGCCCCGCGGUGUUUUCUGCCAGUCGAAGAAUCUCUUCCACAGCGAGCAGGCCUGUAACGGUGUUUGUCCUGUACUGUCCCAGUGCGAACGACUUCGGUUGAAGAACGCAAUGGCCGCAAAACGAGCAGGACAACCAAACACCUGGUUCCAGCCCCGCUGUGAUCCGGAAACUGGCUUCUGGAGUCCGGUUCAGUGUUUGGGAUCGAUGGGAGCUACAGCAACCGAACCCAGCGCAACAAAUGGAACGGCGCAGCAAAAAACUAACCCGGAUGCGCCAGCCGCUGUUGGAGUAUGCUGGUGCGCAGACAAGAAGGGUGCUCCGGUGAAGGGAUCGCUCACGAAAGGUUCCGAGCCGAAGUGCAGUAGUCGACAGGCGCGUCGUCGUGGUGACUCGAUUGAGACGUCCUCCAGCGAUCCUGUGAUGGAAGAACUGAUCCGACAGAUCACGUUCCUGGUGGACGAAAACAACUACCUGGCGGAUGAGGAGCUAGAACCAGUGCAGCCGGUCUCUGUCGCCAGUGCCAACUAUGCCCCGGAACCACGGUACAUCGGGUCGGUGUCUUCAGCGACGGAGAAAGUCAUCGAGCUGGCACGCACCGCCGAGAGUCGAAACUAUAUCAGUGACAACGUUGCCGAGCCGAUCGCGAAGCGACUGCGUGCUUCUGCCACACGCUGUCAAGCGCUGCAGAUGGCUGCCUCCUUCCCGGUGGCUUGUGAUGAAGCCGGAUCCUUCGAACCGAUGCAAUGCAACGGUGAUACGUGUUGGUGUGUGGAUGCGGCCGGCAAUCAGCUACCGCUAUCUAGUACGUUCAAACGCGGCCAACGAUCCUGCCUCUUCACACCGAUCGACGUGGUGGAAAUCGAGUUGCGGCUAAAUAAUUUGCAUCCUCAGCGUGCUCUGCUGCACGUGUAUGAAACCCUCCGAACGGAACUGUCCAUGCUGAUAGGCAGCAUUUACGACAACUACCGGGUGCAAGAGAGUGCCGACGGAAGCGUCACACUGCGAUUCGAUCUGAUCGAAAGCACCAAGGUGGACGACGCGUACGCAAUCGAGGAAAUGGUACGCGACGGAGCGUUUGCACUGUAUCAUGGGCAGCUGGUAGCGGACAUGACACAAUCACGGUUCGCCCAUCGCAUUUCGGUCGGCGUUCCACUGGCACAGCCAUCGUCCGGUAUCCCGGAAAACACCUUCCAGACGAUCGUGUUCGUGCUGGCGACGGCUUCCGCCUUCCUUGUCGCCAUCUUUGUGGUGUUUGUGAUGCUGAAGCGUGGCCGCAGCACCAAGACGAAGCACUACACGAACGGGGAUAAAAUAUUCGCCAUCGGCGCGGACAAGUACGUUGACUACAGCUCGCCCAUCUUUGUGCUCAGUGCCAACGAUAGCAAAUCAAUCCAGCAACAACAGGAUCGUUCCGAUUAAUCAUCAGUUGUGGAGCUGAUGAUCAAUCGGGAAUGUUUCGUAGGGCCGGAAGGUUUUACCACUAGCGAUCUUGUUGCGCCAACAUUCCGCUGCACACGGUGCAUCCUUUGCUCCGGCGUGCACCGGACCGUGGGUCGGCUGGAUUUUGUUGCACAUUGCUCCCAGAGCCGAUGAUGAAGGUUUCUAUUACACUUUCACGAAAUUUAUCUACGGAAACGGAAUUGCACAUGUUGUUGUUUUUAUACUGUACAUAUUGUGGAUGCUCUCUGCAUCUUUCGCUACGAACGCAGCGCAGCGAUCAUAGAUAAGGAGAAGCAAAUGGAAUUGCACUUCAUCUUUGCCAAACUUCGUAUAGUUCCCGUUUCCCCGUUUCGAAGAGCUUCCGAUCAUUUAAAACUGAUUUCUAUCAUUCCGUUUUACACUGUCGCCAGUCGAAUUGUGUCCUCCUUUUCCCUGAAAAUGCUUUUUAAGUGCUCCCGAGUGGGACAUCAUUUCCAUCGGUGGAGAUUGCGAGGUUGGAGAUUGUGUAAAUAAGAUUGUUCAAGCAAGCUAGUUGAGAUUGUCAUCAAACUCUAUUUGGAAAGUUGGAAUGUCUGCAAGCCUUUACUAAAAUUACCUAGAAGUGUUUAAAUUCACAGCCAAGGCUAAAUCGGAGAAAACAAAAAUCAAAUCACGUACACAGGGUCUACCCAGGAUAGGCGAGUACUGAAAUUUUCGUCUUACUCAAACACAACCACUAGUACGUGAAACGGUACAAUUUCUCUUAUCAUCGCGUCUCGUUGAUGCCUUCUUUACGGCCAACGAGAUGCGAACCCUUACGAUCAAUCAAUUAAACACAGAGAAGUUUCCCGAAGCUAGUGCAGCCCAAUGUACGGUGAACGUUAAAUGAGGCGGAACAUGCUAUUUAUUUAUUCUUUCCCCCACCAACAGCUAAUUCCCCGUCCAGCAUUUCCACCUCGUUUAUCUCUACCUCUAGGAAGAUUAGGCAGAUUUUUCCAAACUGUAAAAUUGCUCACUGCCAGCCACAUUGGUCCGCAGCAGCGUGUAACUGGCAGAUGACGUGUUGGCAGCUUUCGGCUCGAUCUAACUGGCUAAAUUCUGGUGCUCUUAUUAGUCUUUUCCUUAAAGUACGUGGGUAUGGUAUCUUUAACUAUCUUUCUUUGUUUCGAAACAUUUGUACAUAAGACUCUACACUACAAUCUGGUGAUAAAAAAUUAUUUAAAAAAAACACACACACACAAACACACAGCAACGGAUUACGGACGUUUCGGUUAAAAUGCGUCGAGCGCCAAAAACCACGGUGUACCACCGAUCGAUAUUCUCCGUUAAUGUGACCUGUUAUUUUGUUUUGUUCGAAUAAUGAAAUAAAGAAGAUCAAGAUAAAUAA